GAUGUCCCAACUAUAUGCUUUGGAUUCACGUUAGGCUUCUUGGUGCUCACCGGGGCAAAAGUCGGAAAACAAACAAUAUCGAUUUACAAACGCACUGGAAGUCUUGUUAGUCUGUAUCUGUUUAUGAUAUGGAUGGAAAUUAUAGUUUGCUUGGCGUGGUCUGUGAGUGCAUGGUUGUUUCUACGGGGGGAUAUUCCGGGAAGUUUCGGCCUCUUCUUCGCCAUCGUCACUCUCUGGACCUUCCAGACGCAAUGCCUCCUCCAAAUAAUCGCUAACCGCGUCGCCCUUGUCAUGACCUCACGCCAUCGUUCCCGGCUCCUAAAGCUCUCUCUGCUCCUUUCCGUCGCCAUCAUCAACAUCUCCGUCUACGUUAUCUGGAUUCCUGCACGUCUGGAAAUCUCCCCAACCUGGGUUCAGAUAAAUGAGAUUUGGGAUAGGGUUGAGAAGGUGAUUUAUCUGGGUCUAGAUUUGGGACUGAAUGUUUAUUUUUUGUGGUUGGUGAGGAGUAGGUUGAUUACGAGGGGACUGAGGAAGUAUGAAGCCUUGUUUAAGUUUAAUGCUGGGAUUGUUGUUAUUAGUAUAUGCAUGGAUGCUCUCAUAAUCGGCAUGAUGAGUUUGCCGAAUGAUCUUGUGUACACACAAUUCCACUCUCUCGCCUACAUCGUGAAACUCAACAUCGAGCUCUGCAUGGCCGACCUAAUCUCUAAAGUUGUGCGU